AACCUAAACUCUUCUUCCUCGGCAAGGCAAGACAGAGACAAUAAUGAUGACGAUAUCCGAUCUUCCAGAGGAAUUGGAAUCAGAGAUACUCUCUAGGGUUUCGGCAAAGACACUAUGGGAACUGAAAACGACUUGCAAACGUUGGUACGCUCUAUUCAGAGAUCCCAGGUUCGUGGAGAAGAACAAGAAGUUGGGUAAAGCUGUAAGAGAGUCCAUGUUACGAAGCAAUGAUAUGGUUUAUUCAAUGGCCGGAGAUCUCCAUAGCAGCUAUACACCUAUCAAGCUUACAGGUAAACUUAGAGAUCUAAAAGGUUCAAAAGAUUUGUAUUCAUCUGAUAUAUUUCACUGCGACGGUUUAAUGUUAUGCUCCAACGAGGGGAGCAGUAAACUUGUGGUUUGGAACCCAUGUACUGGUCAAAGGACGAAGAUCAAAGCCAGAACUUGCGGGAGUAAUGAUAUCUAUGCUCUAGGAUACAGCACAUCUUCUUCUUCUUCUUCUUCGUGUGGCCAUAGCUACAAAAUCUUGAGGUGUUUCGAAUUUUUGAACGACCAGGAAGUCUGGGUUCCUCAGUGUGAGAUCUAUGAGCUUUGCUCUGGUUCCUGGAGGGUUCUUGAUUCCUUCUCUCAUGACUACUUCGAAUAUUGCAAUGGCAUGUCUUUGAAAGGAGACACUUACUUUGUUGCUCGUGAUAAAGAAACCGGUUUUUUCUUGAUGAAGUUUGAUUUUACGGCGGAGAGAUUUGUGCGUCUCCCUCUUCCGUUUCAGAGUAUUCAUUCUGAAGACACUGCGACUCUGUCAGUUGUUAAGGAUGAAAAACUCUCCUUGUUACACAUUGAUGACCGGUCAGGUGUGAUGACGAUAUGGGUGACCAAUAAGAUUGAUGAUGAUGAGGAGGAGGCUAAAGACUUUUCGUGGAAUUGCUACUUGGUGGUUCUCCUGCAAAUGGGUUUUGAUAAAUUUCACCUCUGGAGUGUGGAAAGCUUCUUGCUGGACGAGGAGAAUAGAGUUGCAGUGUGCUGUCGCUACAAGUAUAUGGGUGAUGGAGGUAGGACCAGUAUCUACAUUGUUGGAAAGGAUAUGUGUGAGCAGGUUUACGAAGAUACUAUUAAGCCAUCUAAGGCCAAUUAUCCAGUUGUCCUCACUUAUCUUCCAAGCCUGGUUCUCGUUCAAACUAAAAGGCAUACUUGAUUUCGAUUCUCCUCUUAUGCUUUUUUU